UGUCGGAGCGCUAGCGAGGUGAUGCCGGCGGGGCUGGCCAGCCCGCGCUUUCAGGCGCUAGUGUACGGAGCAUACAUUAGCACGCUGCUGGCGUCGGUCGUCGGCAACACGUCGGUGAUCGUGAUCGUCGCCUGCCCCCGGAUGGGGCUGCGCACCGUUACCAACCUGUACCUGGCGAACCUGGCACUCGGCGACCUGCUGAUGACACUGUUCUGCGUGCCGUUCUCCUUCGUCGCCCUGUUCGUGCUGCAGUACUGGCCGUUCGAGGGCGCGAUCUGCGGCGUCGUGAACUACUGCCAGGCGGUCUCGGUGCUGGUCAGCGCGUACACCCUCGUCGCGGUCAGCGCCGAUCGCUACCGGGCGAUCAUCUGGCCGCUGCGCUCCGCCCCGUUCCGGUCCCGGUCCGGCAUCGGUGCGCCCGACGCCGCCGCCGCUGCCGGUCGCUUCCGGGCCAUGCUGCGGCUGGGCGUGGUAUGGGUGGUGGCGGCCGCCACCGCGUUCCCGAUUGCCCUCCACUCGACGCUGGUGCAGCCGAGUGCCUGGCACGUGCACUGCGCCCAGUCGAUCUGCACCGAGGUCUGGACGGACCCGGCCGCCGACCAGGCCUACUCUCUGGCCCUGCUGCUGCUGCAGUUCCUCGUGCCCCUCGUCGUCCUCGUCUACACGUACGGACAAAUCGGGUGGCACUUAAGGGUGGGCGCCAGCCCACCGCUCGGCGAGUCCGGGCGGGUCCGCCAGCGGCACCUGAGGCGGGCCUGGCGCCGCACCCUUCGCACGAUGGUGGCCGUCGUUAGCGCGUUCAUUGUGUGCUGGCUCCCGUUCAACAUCUUCAUGCUGGUGCCCCUCGACGACCCGGGCUGGGAGCCACUGCCCUACCUCUGGUUCGUCUUCCACUGGCUGGCAAUGUCGCAUUCCUGCUACAAUCCGCUCAUCUACUGCUACGUCAACCCGCGCUUCCGGCAGGCGUUCUACGCGCUCCUCGUGCGCCCCGUCAUCGUCCUUUGUCCCCGUCAGCCUUUCGGUCGCUGGUGGACCGCACGGCCGCCGCCGUCAGUCAACGGCAGGGACCAGACGGCGGCAGUCGGUGAUGGCAGCAACGACAGUGACUAA